GGGCGUCGGGACGGAGUGACCCCGGCGGUGGGACGGCCGCCCGCCGUGACUCAGUGUCACCCGACGCCGUCGACAGCUGCGCGGCCCCGACGGGGCGGGGGCGGCUAAAAUUAGAGCUGCGGGGCCGGAGCGGGGCAGUGCGGGACAGAAGCGGUACCGGAGAGGUACCGGGAUCGCGGCGAUGAACUUCGCGGUGGGGCUGAAGCCGCUGCUGGCGGAAGCGCGCAGCAUGGAGAGCCUGGAGAAGCAGCUCAUCUGCCCCAUCUGCCUGGAGAUGUUCACCAAGCCUGUGGUCAUCCUGCCCUGCCAGCACAACCUCUGCCGCAAGUGCGCCAACGACGUCUUCCAGGCCUCCAACCCGCUGUGGCAGUCGCGGGGUUCCGGCGCGGGGCCGUCCGGGGGGCGGUUCCGGUGCCCGUCGUGUCGCCACGAGGUGGUGCUGGACCGGCACGGGGUGUACGGGCUGCAGCGGAACCUGCUGGUGGAGAACAUCAUCGACAUCUACAAGCAGGAGUCCGCGCGCCCCCUGCACGCGAAGGCGGAGCAACAGCUGAUGUGCGAGGAGCACGAGGACGAGCGCAUCAACAUCUACUGCCUGCGCUGUGAGGCGCCCACCUGCUCGCUCUGCAAGGUGUUCGGCGCUCACAAGGACUGCGAGGUCGCCCCUCUGCCCGCCGUGUACCAGCGCCAGAAGAGCGAGUUGAGCGACGGCAUCGCCAUGCUGGUGGCAGGGAACGACCGCAUCCAGGCCAUCAUCACGCAGAUGGAGGAGAUCUGCCGCACCAUCGAGGAGAACGGCCGCCGGCAGAAGCAGCACGUGGGGCUGCGCUUCGACUCGCUCUGCAGCAUCCUGGAGGAGCGCAAGAAGGAGCUGCUGCAGAGCGUCACCCGCGAGCAGGAGGCGAAGGUGCAACGCGUGCGCGGCCUCAUCCGGCAGUACGGGGACCACCUGGAGGCCUCCUCCAAGCUGGUGGAGACGGCCAUCCAGGCCAUGGAGGAGCCUCAGAUGGCCGUGUACCUGCAGCACUCCAAGGAGCUCCUGAAGAAGAUCACAGACAUGUCCAAGGUGUCGAUGAGCAGCCGCCCUGAGCCUGGUUAUGAGAGCAUGGACCACUUCUCCAUCAAUGUGGACCACGUGGCUGAGAUGCUGCGCACCAUCGACUUUCAGCCAGAAGCACUGGGUGAGGAUGAUGGGGACGGACCCACGGACAGCAGUGAGGGUGUGGGGGAUGAGGAGAGCCUGGAGGCACCUGAGGCUGCUGAGGGUGAGUGUGUGCUGUGCUGUGCCAUGCUAUGCUGUGCUAAAGUCACCAUGGUGCUUCUGUGGUUGCAGUGUGGCCCUGUAUGGUGCAUGGUCUCACACCGCACCAUGUGUCCCUUCCUCUGUCUGUCCACUGCUUUUUCUCCACAGAUGUGGGGCAAAGACAGAAGCCAUUGAGCUCUCCCCAUGGUCAGCACUGAGCUGGAUUCGCAGCACAACACUGGCAUCAGCAAACCCUACAGCCCUACGACUGCUACGAAGCCCCACAUGGUGGGGCUGCCCUCAGCCCUCAUUAAACCUAUCGAGAGGACACUGUAA